GAAUGUGACUUUACGGAAAGAUUCUCAUAAACAGAAGUUAUUAGAUUUCCUUGGUCUUCCUUCCUUCUCUCUCUUGUAUGUGUGUGUAAUACUUAAGGUUGAGCUAGGGUUGAGAUUAGGGUUUUAUCAAUGGUAUCACCCGUAUUGAAUUCUGGAUUCCCUUCCUUGCGCGCUCGCCAAUCCGCUGCCACUUGCGACUCUGCCAUGGAAACUCGCGUUGCUUCCUUGGAGGCUAUCAUCGCCUCUUUACCUUCCCUCAUCGCCACUGCGAUCGACAAUGCCUUCGAAAAGGCCUUCACCAAGGCCUUCGAAAAGGCCUUCACCAAAGCCUUCGAUGCCUCUCUUGAAAAGUUUCGUCGGGAAAUGCUCUCUCGAGGUGCCGGGGAAGGCAUCUCUGCCCCUCUUGCCGGCGAUCAUCAUGCUUCUCCUGCAACUGAUCCGAUCCAGCUACCUCGGAGCCCAAUCUGUGCUGAAGGAGCCCAAUCGCGUAUCUCCGACGACCAACUGGGUCGGAUCGACCUGGAUGAGGAGGACAACUUUGAUUGUGUAUCGGAGCUUCUGGAAUCCGUCGACAAGGUAACCGACGACGAUGAUUCCGAUGACGUUGUGUUGAUUAGUGAGGUCAACUCAAAGCCUAGCCAAAAGUCUUCGAAACGGACGGUGGCGGAUGAUGACGAUGAUUGUGUGGUCUUGGACGGCGACCCGGAUAAGCCCGUUUCGGUGGUGGAGGAUUCGGGUAGCGGCUCCGACGAGUUGAUUGUGGUUGGGGAAACGGGGCAGGUAGCAUGUAGAGACUACCCUCAUCCACGACAUCUUUGUGCCAAAUUCCCUUUCAAAACUACCCGGCCCGAGAACCACUGUAAACUUUGUCAUUGUUAUGUCUGUGACUCGCCGGCGCCAUGUGUACAUUGGACCUUUAAUCAUUGUUAUGCCACGGAUGAAGAAGAGCUAUAUAGAAAAUGGAGAAAAAUAUUCAAGACACUGAAAAUUGGUCAGAAUUCUAGCCAGGAAGUUAGCCAGCAACAGCCUCCGCUUCAGCAACCUCCCAUUCAGCAACCUUUGUUUCAGCAGCCGUCUCCUAUCCAGUGUCGCUGGUUAUGAAUCCCAUUCGCUUUUGAAACGAAAAAAUCUGUUUGACACGACUUGUGAUUGACUUGUGAUUCGGCAAAAUAAGGCUGGUUGUGAGGAGCGUUGGUAGUAUAUAGGUGUUUGAAGUAGUGUACAAGGUAUCCCUGCUUGAAGAUGCAGUACAGAGGCAGGUUGUUUCCCAAGUCUACUGGUUAAUUAUUAUUUCUGGGUUUCCCAUAUGCUUGAAAUCAUGGGGUACUUCAUUCCUGCA